AGAGAGGAAAAAAAAACUUUCUUUCAUCGUAUUCUCGUGAUCUAUCGUUCCCAAAUUGUUUUUUUUUCAAUUAAAAGAAAAACAAUAGAUGAAUUUGUAGAUUUCUAAAUUCUGAUACGAUCUCCUUCAGCAUGUCCCUGUUCUCCAUGGUUUCCCCUCUUACGCUUCUGUUUCACCUCUUCUCGACGGCCAUGGCCGCCGACACUCAUCUCGGCCGCAAGGACCACGCCAUUCGGCAGGCCUGCACCGCCACCCGCUUCCCGGACCUCUGCGUGUCUGCCUUGUCCCCCGCGGCGCCUUCCAUCUCACCAAAUCCUAAGGCCUCCGAGCUUCUCCUCGCCUCCAUCUCCCAAGCGGCGGCCGGCGUUAAGUCCGCCCGAACCACAGCACAGGCCAUCCUCGACACCUCAACUAACGUCAACCGCUCCACCGCCGCCCGAAAUUGCCUCGAGAUCCUCCGCCUAUCCGGCUACCGCCUACAAGCGGCCUCGGAUUUGUACGCCGCCGGGAAAAUCGCCGACAUGCACGCCUACACCGCCGCAGCGCAGAUCUACCAGUACGGGUGCAUGUCCGGCCUCAACAAGGUCAACGACACCAGACAGGUGGUCGAAGCGGCGGCCUUCCUCGCCGGCGUCGUCAAUACGACGAGUUACGCCGCCGCCAUGGUGGCCGCGCUUCGGCGUUACGGCAGUGACAUGUCGCGAUGGGGCCCGCCGCAGACCGAGCGCGACGGGUACUGGCCGGAGGCCGCCGAGGGGAGCGCAGGAGUGCGGAAGAAGUUCCCGCCCCGGUCUGCGCCUGCCAACGCUACGGUGUGUAAGGGAGGCGGCUGCGGCGGGUAUGCAACGGUUCAAGCGGCGGUGGACGCGGCCCCGGAGAAGUCGUCGGCGCCGUUCGUGAUUCAUAUAAAGGAAGGGGUGUACAAGGAGACGGUGAGGGUACCGUUGGAGAAGACGAACUUGGUGUUCGUCGGCGACGGGAUGGGCAAAACGGUCAUCACAGGCAAUCUCAGCGCCGACAUGGUCGGCCUCUCCACUUACAACACCGCCACCGUCGGUGUCAACGGCGACGGUUUCAUGGCGCGGGACAUGACGAUGGCGAACAUCGCCGGUCCUGAGGCCCACCAGGCGGUGGCUUUCCGCUCCGACAGCGACCGCUGCGUUCUGGAGUCGGUGGAGUUCAUCGGACACCAGGACACGCUGUACGCGCUAUCUCUCCGCCAGUUCUACAACGCCUGCCGCAUCGCCGGCACCGUCGACUUCAUCUUCGGCAACUCCGCCGCCGUGUUCCGAAACUGCGAGAUCCUGGUGCUCCCGCGGCAGCUCCAUCCUGAGCAGGGGGACGUCAAUACCGUGACCGCUCACGGCCGAACCGACCCGGCCCAUCCGACGGGGUUCGUUCUGGAGCGGUGCACGGUCGACGGCAGCAAGGAGUACCUAGCGCUGUACCGGUCCAAUGCGGCGGCGCACAGGACGUACCUGGGGAGGCCGUGGAAGGAGUACUCGAGGACGGUGCUGAUCCAGUGCGCCUUGUCGGAGAUCGUGCGGCCCGAGGGGUGGCUGCCGUGGAACGGCGAUUUGGGGCUGCAGACUCUGUUCUACGGGGAGAUCCAGAGCACGGGGCCCGGGGCGAAUGCGACGGCGAGGGUAACAUGGAGCAAACACAUUUCCAAGAAGCAUAUGGGGAUUUACACGGUAGAAAACUUCUUGCAGGCCGAUCAGUGGUGAUGGAGUAGGAAUUCCUCUUUUUAUCCAAUACUUAACUGAUUGCAAGAAAGAAAUUCUUAUGAGGAAUUAUUAAUCUAUUGAAAUAGAAAGAAUUAAUAUAGGUUUUCCACAUCUCCCAUGUAACAAGAAAUGUUUACCUAUCGACUUCUCUAUGAGAUCGAACAAGGAAACAUGGCGUAUGAAAUUACAAUCAAAUUCAACACCUUUGCAUUUAUAUA